GGUCAGCAGCGCCGGAGUCAGAUCGGUUACAGAAUCAAUCCAUCCAUCCGGCAGCUAAUUCAUUCUUUCAUUUUCAUCUCUCGCUGCACCGAAUCAAAAACCAAACCCAAACCCAACCCCCAAAACUUAAUAAAUACAGAAACGCCCAACACAUACACCUCACCUCGCCCCCAUUUUCGGCUACCCUUUCCUUUCAUCGCCUCUCUCUCUCUCUCUCUCUCUCUCAUCUUCCUAGAAUCUGUGUCAGCCAUUUCAUAUUUUCUCUUGACCUCGAUCAGCCCAGGGAAGAAAAGUUUAUACCAUCGUCCUCCGGCGAAUUCAUUAGGACGUACGCCGUCCAAUCAAACAGAAAUUCAAUACCCCGGCCUGCCGGCGCCGACAUUGUAAUUCUGCGAGUGGCCCCUUUGCUCCCGCUAGCUAGCUAGCUAUCCCGCUCCAUUUAUAUAUAUCAUUUCUUCGCUCGCCCCAUAUCGAUCGGCCGGGUAACUCAUCUCAUUCCCCUUCCUCCAUAUGUUUUCUUCUUCUGCAUGCUUUUCUGUUUUUUCUUUUGGGUCUGAUAGAAAAGGUAUUUUGUGCAUUUUCUCCGUUUCUUUUGGUUUCCCUGCUGCUGCUGUUCUUGUUCUUUUGCUUGUCCAUACAUUCUGUUUUAUUUUCUGUUCUUUAUUUAUAAUAUUUAAUUAAUAUUAUAUAUCCAUGUAGAAGUACAAAAGAAUCAUAUAUAUAUAAUAAUAAUACAAUAAGACACCGAUGAUGCAACGACGUCAGGAUUGCAAAAUCAAGGUCGACACCCAGUUGAACCACAAAACCAUCCAACGCAACCGAUUCUACAAACAAACAUACAUUAGAAUUAGAUACCCGGUUCAAGAACUACAAAGGGUAGGGUAGAUUGUAGAUAUGAUGCACAAGAAAUUUCUUACUUGAAUGCUCACGCAAUCGAUUGCCAGCUACCUAACUACGUAUUCACCACAGAUUUAACUCACUAAUCAAACCAAAUCCCCUGUUUGCUCCUACUUAUUUUGUUCCCACUUGUUCUGCUGCUCGUGUCAUGGCGACUAAUUAAUUACUUCAAAUUUUGAACAUCUUUCUAUUCUCCUUGUGCAGAUAGAUGGGGGUAUUAGAUCUUUUUGUGGCGUCGACCAUUCCGGUCAUCAAGGUCCUCGUCAUCACUGCACUCGGCACCUUCCUCGCCCUUGACCGCGUCGAUGUCCUGGGGGCCGAUGCCAGAAAACACGUCAACAACGUAGUGUUCUAUGUGUUCAACCCGGCACUCAUGGUGGGGAGCCUCUCCCAGACCAUAACCUUCCAGCAGAUGGUGAAGCUGUGGUUCAUGCCGGUCAACGUCCUCAUCACCUUCGUGGUGGGUUCGGUCCUGGGCUGGAUGGUCAUACAGCUCACCAGGCCGCCCAAGGAGCUGAGGGGACUCAUCAUCGGCUGCACCGCCGCAGGGAACUUGGGCAACAUGUUUAUGGUCAUGAUACCCGCCAUCUGUAAGGAGAAAGGCAGCCCCUUUGGCUCCCCUGAAGUCUGCCAGUCCUACGGCUUGGCCUAUGUCUCCGUCUCCAUGGCCUUGGGAGCAGUGUAUCUAUGGACCUAUGUUUACAGUAUUAUGAGGGCAUCGACCAUAGUAGAUACAGCAGGAGGAGAAGGCGGCGAUGACAUAGAGAAGCUUCCAGUCAGCAUCAUCAAUACUACUACGACUGGAACUGUUGAAAACUCCCUUGAACACCCGCUUCUUCAACCUGCUUCACCUACCUCGAACCAUAACAAGAUCAGCAGCUUCCCUCAGAAGGUAAAGCAAGGGCUGACCAAAACGCUGGGAAAUGUCAACUGGAAGACCAUCUUUGCACCUUCCACCAUUGGUGUGAUUAUAGGAUUUGCGAUCGGGCUGACUCCGCCAAUAAAGAAUGUGCUGGUGGGAGACGAAGCACCUCUUCGUGUUAUUCAAGAUUCCGCUGUCCUCUUAGGACAGGCAGCCAUCCCAACUCUGACCCUGCUUGUCGGAGCUAAUCUACUCAGAGGGCUGAAAGGGUCGAGCGUGAAGAAGACGGUGAUAAUCGGGGUGGUACUGGCCAGAUACGUGGCCCUUCCUCUGGUCGGGAUCGUGGUGGUGAAAGGGGCGCUGCGGUUAGGGUUCAUCCCGGCAAACGACCCACUCUAUCAAUUCAUUCUCCUCCUGCAGUUCACCGUCCCGCCUGCGAUGAACAUCGGCAUCAUCACCCAGUUGUUUGGAGCAGGGGAGUCCGAGUGUUCCGUCAUCAUGCUCUGGACUUACGCCUUGGCUUCCGUCUCCCUCACCCUUUGGUCCACUUGCUUCAUGUGGCUCGUCACCUCUUCUUGAACAUCUUAUCUUAUCUUGGUGAUGAUGAUAGUGGUAGUAAUGUAGCCAAAAAGAGAACAACAAAAAGAUGGUAUAUUUGUUACUGCACCCUCCAUUUUAUGAGUAGGAAACAGAGGCAGAAAGCAGAGCCUUUGAGGAAUAUUGCAGGACGAGGGUGAUAGAUAUUAGAUUCCCAUUGCUUCAAUUCUUCAAUUAUUCUUAUGUUGUAUUCUUGUAUAUACGACCUUUAUAUCGAUUCAUAUACAUGAGUGAAGUAGAAUACAAGCAUUGUUCGUAAUGAUACGUCUCGCAUCUCAUUUUGCCCUUCAGACCUUUUUGUGUUGCUAACCAUUUCUCAACAGUCUUGACAAAAUCUAAAGCAAAACGAAAUCAUACCCAAUUUCAGGUACGCAGAACCUGUAACUAAAUGCUACUAGAAUCCAUACCCCCUACUACGCUGCAUAACAUUUAGUUGUAUUUGGUAUCUCCAGCGGCGGAUCCAGAACACAAUAGCGCACUGGGCCGCAUUUCAUUAGAAAUUAGAUAUCGUAAAAAGGAUAAUGAUUUUAUAUUUUUUUACAAUGUCAAUUGUUCACGAUGGUGUUUUAAUUUAGCGAAUGCAUCAAUGAUGGAGUCUAUAUCCAUACCAAUAGUAUGCUCUGUUUCAAAUAAAAUACUUGAGCAACCGACGAGUAAUUCAUCGCUCAUUUUGUUGCGCUAAUAAGUUUUCACAUGUUUCAUUGUUGAUAAGAUUCUCGCCGUAGCAUCUGUGGAAACGGACAACGUCAACACUAAAAUCAAUCGACUAAUCAAAUUCCAUUAUGUGUCCAUCUCUAUAUCCAACAGCUGCUCUAGUAAAUUUUCAAUGGAAUAAAUCUCAUAUUUCUUUUAUUAGUCUUUUAUGCUUUAGACUUUUAGAAUUUUAGGUUCCGUUGUUUUUGUUUAGACGAAAAUAUUUGGGGCUAGAAUUUAUAAGCUAAAUUUAGAGUAGUUAUUUGAAUAUGUUCAUACGAAUUAUUUUUCUAGUUAUACACAAUCUUAUUAUAAAAUAACAUUGAACCGAAUGUCUAAAAUCAAAAUAUUCAUAAGGACUAUACUAACUUUGAAUCCAUAGGAGGGCUGGGCCGGGGCCUGGGUUGGCCACCCCCUGGAUCCGCCAAUGGAUAUCUCUAAAUAUCAUAUAUUUAAAAUGGAUAUGGUUAGAAUUAUAUGCAGAAUGCUAAGUAUAAAAACUUUUGUUCAAAAGGUUUCUUAUUAUACAUACAAACUUACAAUCAUAAUGAUUAUUUAUAAAACAUAAGUUGUAAAGAGGUUAAGGUCGAUGUAUACUUUUCAUUAACUUUGUAAGUUCUCUACUAAACCUACCCCGAGGAAAUACCUUUGUACAUAUGAAACUCACUAUUUUAGACAUCAAAUCAAUCCAUACAUCACAUUAUUUUUCGAAAAAAUUCAAACAAACUUUGUAAAAAAGAUAAGUCAUUAUUAGUCUAUACCCAACAUAUCAAAGAAAUUCAAAAAUUGUGGAACAAAGUCACUAAAGUACUCCAUCUACGUAAAAAAUAUGUUACAUAGUAAGCAAAUAUAAGAUACACUCCUAACUGUGACCAUGGUAUUAAAAAUGGUUAACCGUUUAAGUUUAUUGUGCUCCAUCCUUUCCAGAAUCCAACAAAACAACACGUGAUUCUUUUAGCCGAUUAGUCAACGUAAGCAAUAGAUCAUAAUAAUUACUGAAAAUUUUCCCACAUUGACCAACAUCAACAUAUAGCAGUUGGCACGUGAAAUAGAUUCUGAAAUGAGAUAACUAAAACUAUGCAGAACUGAACGUCAAAUAACAUUAUUGACAAGAUUAAUCAAGCCGAUUUGCGAGACAAUCAGUUGGGGGCAGUCCUGGAAGAGAUUUGUCAAUAUUUUGAUGCCCAUCCGGGGUUUAGUGUGCGGUUUGUAGGUCGGGAUAACAAUAGGGUAGCUCAUUCGGUAGCUAGAAAAGCCCUCUCUUUGUACCCGACUGGGAAUCGUUUGUUUGAUUUCAGGGCCUGGCUGCUCUCCAGGAUGUAAUUAUCUUUUUGAUUGGAUUAAUAUAUGUUAUCUGUUGACAAAAAAAAAACGUCAAAUAACAUUUGCAUUAGUCAUUCUUGAGGAGAAACCAAAUCUUGCACAUCCAAUGACCAACAUUUAAAAUUAACAAACCCACAAAAUCAAGAGGUAAAGGUAAAUAAUUAAGGCGAAACUAAAUCAGUGCUACAGUAAAAGGAUUAAUCAAUCUUUUCAACCCACGCAAGGGCAGAACGACACUAAAUUUUGGUCGAUAAGCCUCUCCUAUUGAACAGGCCACUGAGGAAAGCAAAGAAAAGGAAAGACAGAUUACAAACAGGAAAAAGUAUCCAAACAGUACAAGAUAAUACGUGUUGUUCCUCGCGAUCUUGGCUCUCAAUCGGAAGUUGCUGUAAUUCCAGCCACACAGGAAUUGGCUCUCAAUCGGAAGUUGUUGUAAGUUGCCUGCAGAUCGCUGGAAGUUUCAAUGGUUACGCGUUGUUCCUGGCAAUCUUGGCAGUAUGCAAUGUCUCAGAGUCCUCAUCCAAUCGUACACCACUGCAUUCCCAACCUUUUCGAAGCGCACAACCAAUUGGACAUAUGUUGCCAAAUUCCAAAGUAUACCAUCGUGAAGUCUUAGCAACGUCUUUUAAGAUCCUGGCAUUUCUUUCCAACCAAACACUCCAGCAUAAUAUGUGCAAGAACAUGUCGUUCUUGGUUCUGUACGCUCUCGAACCGCCCGAUGAAGAUUUGAGUGAAACACAAAGGCCCAGUUCCAAAACUGUCACCUGCAAAGCAACGAACCCUAUACUCUAAAUAGCAAGAACCGGCUUGGAACUGCAAAAGAGUAGCAAUGUACAUAAUAUUUUGCUCAAAUGCAGGGGGGGGGGGGCAUGAAUUUAGUAGAGCACAACCACAAAGAACCAACCAACAAUAACUGCAUCAGAUUGUUUCCAACCUUUAAAAACAUGUGAUGAUCAGUGAGCAUAAUUGUUCAAAAGCAAGAGAAGGAAAGUAUUAUAGAAAGCACGCACUCUAAUGAUUGAGCACCCUCCUAGUAGGUUUAAUCAUGGUGAUGUAAAUCGAGUUAGAUAACACCAACAAGAACAUUGACUAAGAAACAAGUCAACAAUAAGUUGCAUAAACUUUGGUGAUUAAUAUUUCUGUAAUGAUCUAAUUCACUUCGACCAAAGAUAAAGUUUAGAAGUUGCAGGUUGGUUACUUUAGAGGAUGUUUAGGCGCAGAGGUCAGAUCUAAUUCUGGUUUAGGUUGCAAGCCAAAUGGUAAAAGUAAUAUGGAUAAACACAAACAAUUCGAGAUUGGAGGAAAAUUGACAAAGUGAAACAAACGAAAAAGGUAAAA